CUUCUUGUAAAUGCUGUUGCAAUGUGGGCUUCGCCUCGUUAUGCUUGGUAUAUUUACAGACUUCUUGACGAAAUUCAUAGACAAGAACGUGAAGAGAUGGAAAACAAGCUUGAAGCAAAAGACAAAAGCAUUCAGAAAAGAAUACCACGUUCGGUACCAAAAGGAAAGGAAAAGAACUAUAAGUAUAUGAUUUAUACUGAAGAGAUGGAAAAUGAAGAAGAUAAAGAUAUGGUUAUGUUGCAUUUAGUCAGAAGAAACAACAAAAGCUUUUACGACCUUGCUAAGAUUUACAAAUCUGACAGAAAUUGGUUCUAUCGCGAAAACUUACCGAUUUCAAUGACACCGAAUGAAGAUGUGAAACAAAUAGUUCAAGAUACUUUACCUCAAACACACUAUGAUAUUAAAGGUUGUACAAUUCUUACCUUCAAAGAAGAUUUGCCAUUGUUAAAGGAAAAAAUAACAGAGUAUUUUGACAACUUCAAACAAGUAGAGUAA